AUGUGUUUCUGUGGCAAAGCAAACCCAAUAUUUUGGUGUGAAGACUGUCAUGGCACAGAUCUGAUGUGCCAUACAUGUACUGUCUGUGUACAUGAGAGGCAACCGCUUCACAGAAUGGAGUGUUGGAAUGGUACUUCAUUUCAGGUCACCACAUUGAAGGCCUUGGGAGUCCGCUUCCAACUUGGGCAUCCCAUUGUUGGACUCGAUUUCUGCGGAUGUGAGUCUGCUCAGCCACACAUUACCCAAUUGCUAUGUGUUCACCUCUUUCCCUCAACUACAACAGACCCUAAAUCAGCCGCCACAUUUCAUGUGCUGGAAUAUUUUCAAAUGCUGUCCUUCAAAUUUAAAGCCUCAGUAUGGGAAUUUUAUAAUACCAUUGCUCGCCUCACAGAUAACACAGGCAUCUUGGUCCUAAAGGAUUGUUAUGAGUCUUUCCUCCAAAUGAUAUGUGAAUGGCGCUUCAUAAUGCAAAUGAAAUGCUGCGGCCAGGGUCAUCAUCCCGGAGGCAUUAAAAAAAUAGAAGCAAGCACUUGCGCUGUGUUAUGCCCUGCCUGUCCCCACCCAAGCAAAAAUUUACCUGUUAGAUUGACAUUAUUCCUUGCUAUUGAUGCAAAUUUCCGACUCAUUCACCGUAAUGUAUCAUCAGAUGCCGUUGAUCCCAGACUGAAUCAUGGAUAUGCAUUUUUUGUUGAAGAGACUGAAUACAAGGAUAUACUGGCUUUAUGCAACAGGGUGGGCAAUGCCCAGGAGAAGAGCAUGUGUUCUAGCCACUCUGCAGUCAACCUGGCGGAUACAAGGGCUUUGCAUGGACUUGCAGCAACGGGUGCAGGAACCAUUGAUUGUGCAUGGCACAACUUUAAAUGCCCUUGUUCAGUUGGCAAUUUGCAAAAGGGGGAGAGCAUGCAUUCUUCACACGGUGUUCACAUCCUCAACAUAUCUUAUGACAUUGCCUGUCAAUGGAACAAAAACCUUUGGUCACACAUGUCAGCAUUCCCACACAAAUAUCAUAUCAACCACCAUGAAAAGGUCAUUACAUUCCUUGUACCUAAAUUUCACCUACCAGCACACAUCACUAGUUGUCAAACCAGGUUCUCGUUCAACUUUAUCAAGGGUGUUGGAGUGUGUGGGUGGGCAGAUAUUAACCUUCUUGCUACAAGUACUCACACCAUAGAUGACCACUUUAACAAUUGGAAUUGGAAGAAAGUCUGUGCUAUGGGCACCAUUCUUCUCCAAAAAUAUAAGGCUGCGGUACCUGAGGCUGAAGAACAUGCUCGUGAUCUUGACAAAUUUGAGGCUGCCCUUGAUGCAGACCAAUUAGCUGGGUGGAGAACAGAUAUCAAGAUGUGGGAGUUGGACCACUCUUUGCCAAACCCAUUUGAAGUGAAGGUGGGGGCUAUGGUGACCCAGGCUGCUGUGCAUCUGGCAUUAUCAAAGACUGAGGCAGAAGAAAUCGAGCGUGGUGAACACAUGUCCCUGGACAAUGAUGUAUCACCAUUGGUCCUUAUCUCGUCAGGAAUAGAACUAGAGGGUCAGCACAUCAGACAGCAUGCCACGGACACUCAAAAAGUCAAGAUACUUCAGUGCAUCAAUACCCUCCGCCACAGAAUUGAUACCUGGUCCCAUGUACAACUGCUGUACAUGCCCUGUGUCUCCUGCCUGCAAUCACUCAAUGACAUUACCUCCAAGGACAAGGUCCACAAGAUCAAUCUUUUUCUUCCUUCUUCACUACCCUCAAGUUUCCCAUGUGAUGUUCACUUGCUAAGGUAUGAAUGGGAUUUAUGUGAAGCCCAAGCAAAUGAUGCUCUCAGCGACCUCCACACUGUCAUCAAUAUGACCUACCACCUCUACAAGUACAAGGAUGCUUUUGUCCGAGGUAUUAUCCAUUCAGCUGAAAGCCAAAUCAAUGCAAUAUUGGUCAAGUACACUGCCACCAGAGAUGCACUUGUAAUACUUGCAUCAAAACUCAGUAAGAAUGGUGAUUGGCAGCAGAUAUUGAAGCCACUGGACAGGAUGAAGGAUGCAGUCCCACUCAAACAUGAUGAAGGGAAGACAAUUGACCAACAGAAUAUUUCAUGGAUAUGGAAAAUGGCCAGGGUUUCCAACAAUCAGGAGGAAGGACUACAGGAUUUGCUAUACAUGGAAUGGUGUAAGGCAAGGGCUUGA